CAGUGGCCGCGCGCGAGGCUCUGAGACUCCGCCUCCAGCCUCGCGCUCAAAGCGGGAAUCCUAAGCGGGGCGAGCACGCGCGCAGCUCUCAAUAAGCGCGAGCGGCACGGAAGCCAAUGAAAGCCACAGCAGGGCGAGUCAAACACUGUUUAUCUGGUUUUAGAGGAAAUUUGUGACGGAAUAUCAUCAGGCCAGUGAAACUGCUUUCAAGUAUGGAGGCCAGUGGCGGUGGUUGGCAGAGUGAACCCAUGACCUCUUGCUUCUUUGGCAACAUCUCCUCCGAGAACGCCAGCACGGGUCGGAUAUAUGAGGUGGCCGUGCAGUCAGCGAAUGGCUCGACAAAACGCAGUCCACAGUUUGUCGGGGUGGAAUUGCUCCAAUCUUACAAACUUCUUAUCAUUCCUUGCUAUAUGAUGGUUGUACUAGUGGGAGUUUUCGGGAACUAUUUACUGCUUUAUGUCAUUUGCCAGACCAGGAAGAUGCACAAUGUAACUAAUUUCUUCAUCGGGAACCUGGCCUUCUCGGACAUGUUGAUGUGUGCCACCUGUGUGCCAUUCACCCUGGCGUACGCCUUUAACCCUCGAGGUUGGGUGUUUGGGAAAUUCAUGUGCUAUCUGGUGUUCCUUACACAGCCAGUGACCGUGUAUGUGUCAGUGUUCACAUUAACAGCAAUUGGGGUGGACAGAUACUAUGCUACCGUGCACCCGCUGAAGAAACGCAUCUCAGUCCUGGCCUGUGCUUAUCUACUCUCCGGCAUCUGGAUCCUAUCCUGUGGCCUGGUCGCUCCAGCUGUGGCCCACACAUACCACGUGGAGUUUAGAGAUGAAGGCUUCACCAUUUGUGAGGAAUUCUGGAUGGGGCAGGAGCGUGAGCGUCUUGCCUAUGCUUAUAGCACCCUCUUCAUCACGUACGUUCUCCCGCUCUCGGCACUUUGCAUCUCAUACCUACGCAUAUCUGUCAAGCUCCGCAACUGUGUGGUGCCCGGACAUCACACGCAGAGCCAAGCGGAGGCACAGCGGGCACGAAAGCGCAAAACCUUUCGACUAGUGACAUUGGUGGUGGCAGCGUUUGCAGUCUGCUGGCUGCCCAUUAGUGUCUUCAACGUCCUCCGUGACAUUGAUAUCGACUUGAUUGACAAGCGCUACUUUCUGCUUAUUCAGCUGCUGUGCCACCUGUGCGCCAUGAGCUCGUCUUGCUGUAACCCAUUUUUGUACGCAUGGCUUCACGAUCGCUUUCGAGCAGAGCUGCGAAAGAUGUUCACAUGCCACAGACGGAUUGGGAUUGGGAUACCCGGUAACAACUGUACCGCUGCCAGCGUGGUGCUCUGACAAACAAUGAAACCCAUGAAACCCAUUUAGAGGAGUGUAUGCCACAAGCAAAAAAAAAUGUGGAGUGGUUACGGGUAGACGCACAGAACAAGACAGGCGGUACUUUAAGACACAUGACGUGUCUGUUGGAAGCCUGACCAAAAAUGUAAUUCCAUUUCUACUAAAUUUCUCACACCAGAGCCUUUCUAAUAACGCUCCUGUGAACGCUUCUGGCUCAAAAUUGAAAUCCUCAAUCAAAACCCAGCACCCUCAGAGAGCAAAUGCUACACUGAAACUGGAAGAGUUGGAAUACUGGAAGAGAAUAAAAAAGAGAACCAAAGUCAUUACAGAAAGUCACGAAAAGUAAGGAAGACUUAAGAAUUUCUGGAUCACAAACAAUGAAAAAGAAUGUGUAUUAUCGUCAGUAUAAAACUAAAUCUAAUUAACAAAUGAAAACUCAAUCAAAUAAAUGCAGAAACCAAUGGUUUAGUAUUGUAAAAAAUAUUCUUUGUUUGAGGUUUGUGUCCUAAGGAUAAGGAUCGAUUGAAACAUAAAGAGCAGCACUGGAGGCAUCAUUUUUACAGGAUACUGUAGAGCUCCAAAGUCAGAUAAAAUGCCAGAUUUCCUCCACCACUUUCUUAGGCAAUGUAGUUCACAGUGCCGUGGGACUGGUGUCAUAAUGUAGGAAAUGUACUUAAGGAAGCGUUUUAAUGACUAUAACAUGGUUGUGUAACCAUAUAACCUGUAAUGUUUAUGAGUCAUUGUGAUGCAGAGCUAACGUUCAGCUCUCUACAUAUAUUUAAAUUCCAUGGGUUGUGCAGAUUGGGAUCUUCGGUGUUCAAACAGUACAAUUGCAAUGGAUGAUAAUGCAUCAUAAAUAGAAUGCUGAUUUCCAUGAUGUGAAUUAUAUAUUUCUAAGAUGAACAUCAUCCUAUUUUUGCAGUGUGGUACACUUGUUACACGUGUUCAUUUUCUGAACUUACCUUGUUAAGUGUUAUGGUUUAAUGAUUUGAAGUCAUUCAAACAGAGUUUAGAUUCAUUACUAUAUGAAUUAUUAUUGUUAUAAUCGUGGUUAUAAAUGAUUAUUACGCUUGACCUGUCUAAAUUGCGGAUGUGCAUUGCGGAUGUGUUAUAAGGUUCUACCUGAGAUACGAACGAAUGGAACAUACAGUAAAUGCUUAAAAUGCUGAAGUCAUUAUGUUUUACAGACGAUGGGACGUUUCUACUAUGUAUUCUGAAAACUAGUGGAAAAAAGUCCAAAAGUUUUUUUUAUUUUGAAUGCUGUAGGAAGUGAACAUAUCAAUGGCUAAAUCGUUAAUAUGGCAAUCAGAUAUAGUAAGGAAAAAAAUUAUUUCAUCCCCUGCUGAUUUUGUACGUUUUAUGUCCUGGCUGAGGGAAGGAGGUUGUCACCCAUGAUUUAAUGGUACAUGACCCCAUCCAUCAUCCCUUUGAUGUGGUGAAUUUUUCCUCUCCUCUUAGAAGAAAAUCACCCCAAAAGCAUAAUGUUUCCACCUCCAUGUUUGACGGUGUUAUUCCUCAUCCUCCAAACACAGCGAGUUGAGUUGAUACCAAAGCGCUCGAUUUAGGUCUCACCUGACCACAACAUUUUCACCCAGUUCUCCACUGAAUCAUUCAGAUGUUCAUUGGCAAACUUCAGACGAGGCUGUACUGUACAUAUGCUGUCUUGAGCAGGGGGACCUUGCAGGCCCUGCAGGAUUUCAGUCCUUCAAACUCCACAAGGUGAAAUCUUGCAUAGAGCCCCACCCCGAGAGAGACUGACAACGAUUUUUCUGUUUCUUCCAUUUGCAAAUAAUCGCAUCAACUGGGGAUGUGGUAGCUCAGUGGUUAAGGUGUUGCGCUACUGAUCGGAAGGUCAUGGGUUUGAACCCCAGGUCCACCAAGCUGCCACUGCUGGGCCCCUGGGCAAGGCCCUUAACCCUCAAUUGCUCAGUUGUAAGUCACUCUGGAUAAGGGUGUCUGCUAAAUGCCGUAAAUGUAACUGUUGUCACCUUCUCACCCAGCUGCUUGGUGAUGGUCUUGUAGCCCAUUCCAGCCUUGUGUAGGUCUACAGUCUUAUCCUUGAACAGCUCUUUUGCCUUGGCUAUGUUGGAGAGUUUGGAAUCUGAUUGAUUGAUCAAUUGCUUCAGUGGACAGGUGUCUUUUAUCACUGUCGGGGGGAAUCCUCGUAUCUCCAAAACCAUUAUUUUUCAGGAAAUAAAAAAAAACGCUGUAUCUAAUCUGCAAUGCACAGGGUUUAGUCCGUG